AUGGCAGCCAAGACGAAGAAGGAGGGGUUGCAGGUCAUCGGCUGCGCGCGCAACGUCGACACCGCCACGGACCUCAAGAAGCUGGAACCGUGGAAGCUGCUGACGCUGGACACGAGCAGUGAGGAGUCCAUCGCUGCCGCCGCCAAGGCGCUCAAGAACGUGCCCAUCAACCUGCUCAUCAACAACGCCGGCAUCAUGGACGUGCACGACCUGCAGACCACGACCAAGGCGGAUCUGCUUCGCCACUUUGAGGUGAACUCGGUGGGACCCUUCCUCAUGACGAGGGCCUUGCUGCCGAACCUGCGGCUGGCGGUGGGCGCCGAGGGCUCGGCCUUCGUGGCGCAGAUCACGUCCCGAAUGGGCGGUCACAUGUAA